AUUUUUUUCUUUCCUUUAUGUCUCUCUUUGAAGAAAGAUGUGUGAUUUGUAAAGUCAUGAAAGUAUGUACUGGCUAAUGAAAACCGCUAUAUCUGAGCUCAUAAUGCAAACAAGAAUCGCUUCAGGGAGCCCGAAGAAGCAGCAGCGUUUCAUCCAGAAGAAAACUGCAGUGAAAUCAACAAAAGCGAGUGAAGAGAAGAAAAAGAAAAGGACAAAAAAAAAAAAAUCCAUUUCCUUGGGAGAGGAAAAAAAAAUCCAGGAAGAAUAAAAAUGAACGAAGAGGGUCGUUCCAAGAGUGGGGCAAAACUUUCCCCCACCCCUCCCAGACUGGGCCGCGAGCGGAGCACAACUCCAGCCCCCCCAUCUCCCCUCCCUCUGGCCCCCCCACAUCCUCCGCCUCCCCCCUCCCCCUCCCCCCAGACCCGGCGGGGGCAGAGCCCAGGCGGAGGCGGCCCGGGGAGCCCGGGGGCACCUUCCUCUCUCCUCUGUGUGCGCGCGUGUGUCUGUGAGUGUGUGCGUCUGGCUCUCGCUCUUCCCCUUGGUCUGUGCCUCUGUGAGUGUGUGUGUGACAGGGAGAGAAAGAGAGAGAGAGAGAGAGAGGGAGAGAGAGAGAGAGAGGAGGGAGCGAGAGAGCCGGAGCCGAGCCGCCGCCGCGCUGCCCUUUGAUCCCGGCAUUAGUGUUAGGGGCUCGGAGACACCGCGCGGCCAUGGACGCCGCCGCCGCCGCCGCCACCGCAUUCCUCCCUCCCAUCACACGCGCGAGCCCGGGACACACACACACUCACACCUCUUAGCUCCGUUCCCAUUGAAGAAUAUCACGCUCGGGGGACAAGCCAGGUGCACGGCCAAAAAAAAAAAAAUUAAAAGAGAGAGAGAGAGAAAAGGACAGAAAGAAAAAGGCAAAGGGGGGGAGAAAGAAAGAAAGAAGGAAAGAAAGAAAGAAGAAAACCCCCUUCUUCGGGCUCCAGGAAACCGGCUUCAACCCAUUGCACACACCGGAGAGAAGGGGUCCCCCCCACCCUCUGGCCUGCCCGCCCGUCCCCCCCCCUUCCACAACUACCUCCCCGCUCCUGCCAGUGUCUGCCUCUCUGCCCCCACGGGGGGGGGGGUUUAUUUGAUCUCACAUUAACCGAGGAGGAGAAUGUGAGAAAAGGGGGAAAAUGCCCAGGAGGAAGCAGGAGCAGCCCAAGCGUCUUCCCUCACAUGUUAGUAGGCAGGAGGACGCAGAGGCAGAGCUCAGCGAGGGAGACCACUGGUAUGGAACCUCGUCCGAGACCCCGUCCGAGGCCUCCUAUGGCGAAGUCCAGGACACCUACAAGCUGUGUCUGGAGGACCGGGCGCAGGAGCCCUGCACGUCCCCCGACGUGUCCUCCCUGGGCAGCCGGACACCGAGCAGCCACACGCUGGAGCUGGCGCUCGACGGGGACAUCCUGCGAGACUCGCUGCCCUGCCAGGACCACCUGUCCCCGGGCGUGUCCUCCCUGGGCGACGAGGACGCCCCCGGCUCCGCCAAACCCCUGAGCAGCAACCUGCGGCGGCUGCUGGAGGCCGGCUCGCUCAAGCUGGACCCGACGGCGGCCGCAGCCAACGGCAGGGUGGAGUCGCCGGUGCCGGUGGCGGUGGCGGUGCCGGUGGCGGUGCAGGCGGGCCCCGCGCUGUCCUUCUCGCCGCCCUCCCACCACGCGCAGCAGCUCAGCGUCCUGGCCAGGAAACUGGCCGAGAAGCAGGAGCCCGGCGGCGGCGGCGGCGGCGGCGGCGGCGAGCAGUUCGCCCCCAGUAACCGUUUCCUCUGGAGCCAAGGUAAGUGGUUGCCGAACUCAACCACCAGCACCUGCGGCCUGUCCCCGGACUCCGCCAUCCUCAAACUCAAAGCCGCCGCCAACGCGGUCCUGCAGGACAAGUCUCUCGCCAGGACCGAGGAGCCCGUGCGAUUCGAGUCCUUUUCCUCCCCUUUCAGCUCCCAGUCUGCCAGCUCCACCCUGGCAGCUCUGUCCAAGAAGGUGAGCGAGAGAAGCCUGACCCCCGGGCAGGAGCACCCGCCCCCCGCCAGCUCCUUCCUCUCCCUGGCCUCCAUGACCUCUUCGGCCGCACUCCUCAAGGAGGUGGCCGCCAGGGCCGCGGGCACGCUGCUGGCCGAGAAGACGUCCCUGGUGCCCGACGACCCCCUGCCCCCGCCCCCGCCCCCGCCGCCGCCGCCGCCUUCCGAGAAGAAGCCAGAGAAAGUCACCGCCACGCCGCCCCCGCCGCCUCCACCGCCACAGUCCCUGGAGCUGCUGCUUCUCCCCGUCCCCAAGGGAAGAGCCUCCAAGCCCGCCAGCUCAGCCUCGGAAGAGGAGAGCGGGAAGCCCUUCCAGUGCCCCAUCUGCGGGCUGGUGAUCAAGAGGAAGAGUUACUGGAAGCGACACAUGGUGAUCCACACCGGCCUCAAGAGUCACCAGUGUCCCCUCUGUCCAUUCCGGUGCGCUCGCAAGGACAAUCUCAAAUCUCACAUGAAGGUUCACCAGCACCAGGACCGGGGAGAGACCUUCCAGUGCCAGCUCUGCCCUUUCACUUCCUCACGCCACUUCAGCCUGAAACUCCACAUGCGCUGCCAUCAGCACUUCCUGAGGACAGAAGCCAAGGUGAAGGAGGAGCUCCCAGACCCCGAGGUCAAGGGCUCCCCCCACCUCAGUGAUGGUGCCUGCCUGGGGCAGCUGCGGGAAGGAGGAGGGACCAAGCUAGCGGGGGCCACCACGGCGGCCGGGACUCCGGAGAGGACUAGCCAGGGGGGGGCCGGCGUCUCGCCCUUGCUGGUCAAGGAGGAACCCAAGGACGACAACGGUCUGCCGGCCUCCUUCGCACUGGGCACCCCCGACAGGCCGGCCAACCACACCAAGCUGAAAGACCCCUCCGAGUACGUGGCCAACAGUGCGUCCGCUCUGUUCAGCCAGGACAUCUCUGUUAAGAUGGCGUCUGAUUUUCUCAUGAAGCUGUCAGCUGCAAAUCAGAAGGAGCCCAUGAAUCUUAAUUUUAAAGUGAAAGAGGAGCCCAAGGAAGAGGAGGCCAUCGGCACCACCCUGCCUCAACCCAGCUUCGUCUUCAGCCCCGAACCCGACCUCCCAGCCCCGGGCCUCUCAGAGGACAUGCUGCAGCCCCAGGAAGGGCAGGGGCCUGUGUUGAGGCGGGACCCGUCAGUCAAAGCGGCGUCUGAGCUCCUCAUGAAGCUGUCAGCGGAAAGUUACAAGGAGACUCAGAUGGUGAAGAUUAAGGAGGAGCCCAUGGAGGUUGACAUCCAGGACUCACACAUCUCCAUAUCACCCAGUCGGAAUGUUGGCUACAGCACUUUACUCGGGCGUGAGAAAGCCGAACCCUUGCAGAAGAUGCCAGAGGGCAGGAUGCCGUCCGAGAGGAGCCUCUUCAGCCAGGACAUCUCUGUGAAGAUGGCUUCUGAGCUCCUCUUUCAGCUGUCGGAAAAAGUGAGCAAAGAGCACAAUCACACAAAGGAAAACUCCAUCCGGACCACCACCAGCCCUUUCUUUUCAGAAGACACAUUUAGACAAUCACCGUUCACCUCCAACUCAAAAGACCUGCUGUCCGGCGACUCUGUGCUGCCCGUGAAAAUCCCAGCGCCAGAAACAGAGAAGAUCGUGCUAGAGGCAGGAAACGGCUUACCGUCCUGGAAGUUCAACGACCAGCUUUUCCCCUGUGACGUGUGUGGGAAAGUGUUUGGUCGACAGCAGACGUUAUCUCGACAUCUCUCCCUGCACACAGAGGAGAGAAAAUACAAAUGCCACCUGUGCCCCUACGCUGCUAAGUGCCGAGCAAACCUCAACCAGCACCUGACCGUGCACUCGGUGAAGCUGGUGAGCACGGACGCCGAGGACCUGGUCAGCGCCGUCACUUCCGACGGCGGUGAUGGGAAGAAGCACCCUUAUUACUACAGCUGUCACGUGUGUGGGUUCGAGACCGAGCUCAACAUCCAGUUCGUCAGCCACAUGUCGCUGCACGUGGACAAGGAGCAAUGGAUGUUCUCCAUCUGCUGCACCGCCUGCGACUUUGUCACCAUGGAGGAAGCAGAGAUCAAGGCCCACAUUGGCACCAAGCACACAGGGGAUGACAGGAAGACCCCCAGCGAAUCCAACAGCCCCUCCUCCUCCUCCCUCUCGGCUCUGAGUGACUCAGCCAACAGCAAAGACGACUCGGACAGCUCCCAGAAAACCAAGAGCACGGGCAACUUGCUGGUCAUCUCCGUGGUGCCCGGGGGCCAGCCCUCCCUGAACAGCGAGGAGAAGCCGGAGAAAGGGUUCGAAUGUGUUUUCUGCAACUUUGUCUGCAAGACAAAGAGCAUGUUUGAGCGUCACCUCCAGAUCCACCUCAUCACCCGCAUGUUCGAGUGCGACGUAUGCCACAAGUUCAUGAAGACCCCCGAGCAGCUGCUGGAGCACAAGAAAUGCCACACUGUCCCCACGGGCGGGCUCAAGUGCCCAUUCUGCAUUUAUUCCACCAACCGCCCCGCUGCCAUGGAAUGCCACCUCAAGACCCACUACAAGAUGGAAUACAAGUGCAGGAUCUGUCAGACGGUGAAGGGCAACCAGCUGGAGCUGGAGACGCACAGCCGAGAGCACCGGCUGGGCAACCACUACAAGUGCGAGCAGUGCGGCUACCUGUCCAAGACGGCCAACAAGCUCAUCGAGCACGUGCGGGUGCACACGGGCGAGCGGCCCUUCCACUGUGACCAGUGCAGCUACAGCUGCAAGCGCAAGGACAAUCUCAACCUGCACAAGAAGCUGAAGCACGCCCCCCGCCAGACCUUCAGCUGCGAAGAGUGCCUCUUCAAGACCACCCACCCCUUCGUCUUCAGCCGCCACGUCAAGAAGCACUCCAGCGAGGAUGACAAGAAGGGCCCCGGGCCUGCUCCCCCGGGGCCGCCGGCCAGCCCCGGGGCCCCGCUGCUUGUGGUGGGGAGCCCCCGCAGCCUCCUGUCGCCCCUGUCGGUCAUGUCCGCCUCCCAGGCCCUGCAGACCGUGGCCUUGACCGCCGUGCACGAGGGCGGGGGCGGCCAACGCAGCCUGGCACUCCAGGCCUUGACCUUCGGUGGCCGCGGCUCCCCCGUGCGCUUAAACAGGUUCCGGAACUCGGAUUUCGCCCAUCUCAUUCCCUUGACCACACUGUACCCCCAGAGCCACUUGGAUCUCACAUUCCAACCUCCCCGGCCUCAGACUGCACCGCCCAGGAUCCCCUCGCCCAAACACUCCUUUCUCGCUUACCUGGGACUCAGAGAGAGAGCAGGGACUGUCUGAGGACAGCCACGUUCUGUACCAAAAAAAAAAAAAAAAAGACGAGAGACAGAGACAAAAAAGACACACACACACACACACAUACACACACACACACACACACCCCUUAAGACACAACCCCAGCAGGUGUAUGUUGCUGCAAAAACCUACAGGCCCCCUGCUCCCAAGGGUCUGGAUCCAUGUACUGUAUCUCUUUAAUGAGGAACAGCCGGUCGCAUUGACCCGAAAGCUGCUUGGUCCAAUCUGCAGAGAGGUGACUCCCUGCACACCCCUUCCUACCUUGACAGGCAUGCCUGCCCCACCCUUCUCUGAGACUUGGCUCUCCCCAGAGGACUUCUGUCUUGUUCCACCCUCAAGAGUGUCCUUAAUAGCCAUCCGCACUUGUCAGCUUCGUGGCCAAGCGUUCUGUUUUUUGUUUUUUUUUCCUGGGGGGUGCUGACGGGUUCCGAGCGAGCGAGUGAACGAGCAGGCAAAUGAUCUAUGUGUCGCUGCCAGGAUGUUUCUGUCUCACACCCUGUGUGCCAGCACUGGGCCCUUGCUCAGGGGGUUAAGCCGCCGCUCCCUCACUCUGAGCCCCCUCACCACCUGCCCCUCUCUUGUUUUCUGGCUACAGAGCAGUCCGGCCUGGUGCUGAGCCGAGGAGGGAUGUGCAGUCUGAGAUUUCUCCUCGGGCACCUGUCCUCUCUGGUUAUGCAGAAGUGACAAGACACCAGGAGGCCGACCCGGAAGAAAUUCCUGGCGGCACUGCAGCUGGCAUCCGAAAACUUCAGUGUGUUCUGUGUGUGUCCGUACGCAUACCAUGGCUAUGUGACACGCACACGGUGCGUCAUUUUUUUAAGGGCAGAUUAUAUAUAUACAUAUAUGUAUGAUGUAUUAAUUCAGUGGUUACCAUUUGUUUGCAGGAAAAAAAAAUGUAUGAGUGGAAAAAAAAAAAGAAUUAUGGUUGCUAAAUCCAGCCAACGAGAUUAAACAAAAGGGGUUUGGAUAGACUCUGGGUAUAAAUGCUCAGACUAAAAAAAAAAAAAAGAAGAAGAAGAAGAAGAAGAAAGAAAUGGCAGUUUUGCACAGUGCUUUGGUCUUGCACUAGUUUUUGUUUCUCAUUUGCAAAAAAAAAAAAAGAGGAAAAAGUAAAAUAAAAGGAAGAAAAUGUACCUUUUCUAAUGGAAUGAGUAGUCUGUAUGUCUGCAAAUUUAGUCACGACCUCUUUGCUAUUUAACCACCCAACAAAACAAAAGGUGCUGUUUCGUCCUUGGGUUUAUGGCCCCUGAGAAGUCCCCAUUGUGUUUGUAGAUUGUCUGGCUAUAGUGGUAUUCUCCAUGUUAUUAAUAACUCUGUAUUCCAUUUUGCUAACGCCUGGUAGAUCUAACCUGCUAGGAGGCUAACUUUCUACUUAUUUAAAGCUCUUAUGUUGUGAUCACUAAAACGGCAACGAAUAUGCAGCACUUUAAUCACAGCAAGAAGCAGAUGUGGGUCAGUUGCUAAUCUUACAAAGUAAUGACGAUUAAAAAAAAGAAUCUUUGGCUGAUUGAAUGUGCUCAUUGCUCGCAUUUUUAAGAUAUCAGAAUUUCCAAUCUGACACAGGCCAAAAGACCAGGAGGAAAUGUGCUUUGUGUGAUAAUGGGCAGUUUGGAACAUAAAGGUCUAUGUAUUAUUUAUCUAUUGAGGAGCUGGUGUACAGGAGAAACGCUUUCUACUUCCUUGCUGUUUCCACCAUGCGCUAUCCUCGAGUUGGGAUGAUAUUUUUUUCAUCUGUUUCACAGGGGUGGGGAGGAAGGAGCGUGUGAAAGCACCCUGCAUUUUCUUGCUCUAGUCAGUUUGCUUCACUGAUAGCCCCCUGGAAAUUGGUACAGUUUGACAGGAAGCCAGAAGACUGUACUGUCAUACCCUGGUUCCCCACGCCCACCCUUGCCCACCCUUCCUCGCCCUGACUAGCAGGCAUGCUGUGUUUCUCUUGGCCCAGCCCUGGCAAACCUGUUUACACUAAGAAGUCCCCUGAGUGAGGGGACAGGGAGGCUGAAACAGCUGGGGACUGGGGAAGAUUUUCCUACUCCCUCGCCCACUGAGAGACUUGCUGUUGGCUGAAAUGUCACUCAACCUCACCGUGUCAGUGUCUCAGUGAAAGACACUAAGGAUGGCUGUGGGCUAUCCCCUCCAAGGAUACGGGGCUCACAGGAGGGUGGUUUUUUUCUGUUGUUGUUGUUUGUUUGUUUGUUUUGUUUUGUUUUUAAGUCAUGUAUUUAUCCCCAUGUAAUGGAGAAUGUGCCACUUGGCUAAUGGUGUGCUUUCAGAUUACGAGUUCAGUGGUGACAGCAGAGAGAGCCUGAAGAGAGCCCUGCAGGCAAAGCAAAUGGCACAGGCAGGUUAAAAACCUGGAAGGGUGGCCCUGCUCCUUAGGACUGCAAGUGUGACAGCAUCCCACCUGUGCAAUAGGACACCCUGGCUUGACACUUUCAAGGUGGGGAAAGGGCUGCUCCAAAGCCACGCCUUUCACUGCUUGCCGCUGGACUUAUAAGAGAACAAAUUGGUUACGCUUCAUGUAAUUGGGCAACUUUUUUUUUUUUUUUGCACUUUGGAAAGAGUCAUCCAUCUUUCUGGUAAAAUAUUAAAAAAAAAAAAAAAAGUUUUCUGAGUGAGAAAAAGGUGUGUUUGGAGUUUGUUUGACUUUUUUAUAUUAUUAUUAUUAUUAUUGUCAUUAUUAA